AUUAGUUAAUUUGCUUUCGUUGCUUCAUUAGAAGAAUUUGGAUCACAGAGAUAAAACUGUUGAUGAAACAUGUGGCAGUUUUUGGAGCAAAUGCCUUAUUGCUAUCAGUCACCUUUUUUUUCUGUGCAGAAUUGUCGUUCCUGCAAACUACAAGCUUAUUCCCAAACAUCUACAAGUUGUUCAGUGUGAUAGUAAGAGUGACCUUUAUUUGGUUGUUUAUUAAACAUUUUUGGGAAGAUUUGGGAAAAUCUCACUCAGAAGCUGAGUGGAUUUAUCCGGCAGCCGGCUAAGACAUCCAUCAGUCGCUCCAGUGUUUGACAUAUUUCUCUUCUUCCUCACGUUGUAAACAAACACCCACCACCUUUUGUCAUCUAUGCCCAUUGUCAGAGUCUGGAGAUGACCUUUUCUUUUCUUUUCCUUCCUUCUCUCUUUCACUGUCGACAACAAGCUGUUGCUUGGCCCCUGCGGUCCACUCCCUCUCUUGUCUGCUCCUCUUUGCUCCUCCCCUUGCUCUCCAUCUCCCUCUCCCCACCUGUUGAGCAGACCUUAUUGUUUCUUCCUAUUAUAUUUUGUCGCUCAUGAGGGUCCCCGCCUCCUUUCCGUAGUGUUUUCCUCUUUCCUCCAGGUCACUCCCUCUAUUUUUUUCCUCUCCCUGCUGGUAUAAAACUCUGAGAGAAAAGUAAGGAGUGAUGAAGACCUGUCACAUCUGCGGGGAUUAACCAGUUUUCCAGCUUCCAGCCUCCUUGAGUGUCAGAGGAAUAGAAACUAAUCCCUUUCUUUCCCUCUUGGAAGUAUAUCCCCAGCAGAUGGACCAAGGGGUUUCUGUAUCUCUUUGGUGUGAGGAGGCAGAGGAGAAUCAGAACCAAGAACUGGGACACAGUGAACCUCAACACCAGAGCAACACCAGGGGUUCACUUCAGCUGCGAGCCGCAUGGGACCCCUCUGUGUCAGGGCAUCGAGUGAUCCAGAGGCUGCUCCACGUGGAGGAGAGGUACAUGCCUUCCAUGCUCUAUAUCACCCUCAUCCAGCGGGAUCCACAACGCAGGGAGGAGCUCGCCAAAUGGGCCCUGGAGGUGUGCUGUGACUGUGGAUGCGAUGAGGCAGUCUUCCCGCUGUCUGUCUCCCUUAUGGACAGGUACCUGUCUGCAUAUCUGUCCCUGCCUGUUUCACCAUACUGCCUGGCUGCUGGAUGCAUCCUGAUCGCCUCUAAGCUCACCGAGUGUGACACCGUGACUGCAGACACCCUCUGUGCAGCGGCUGAGUUCAGCUUCCAGCUUUCGGACCUGCGGGAAAUGGAGCGUGUUAUCCUGGCUGCCCUGCGGUGGGACACAGCAGCAGUGACUUCCCAGGACUUCCUCCCACAUUUCCUCGCCUCCAUGGGGGAACGAGGAGAAUCUGAGCAGGAGCUGCUGUCCACCCUGAGGCGGCACAGCGACACACUUGCCACCCUGUGUGUCUGUGACGCCCGUUUUCUGGGAGCCCCUCCCUCCCUUGUUGCUGCAGCAUCACUGAACUGCGCACUGCGAGGCCUGGGCAGCAAGGGGUCCAUUCAGGUGGCUGUCAUGAGUGACAUGCUGGCUGAGCUCUGCCAGACAGAUCCGGCAGUGCUGCGGUGCUACAGCGAGAUGAUCGAAUUUGCCCUCAGACAGCGGCUGAGGAGUGGGCUGCAGCAGGGCCCCACUGAGAAAGAUGAGGAGGUGGAGAAUGAAAGGCCCGGGACACCAACGGACAUGAGAGAGAUUGAUUUCUAAGCAUUUGAUCAAACAAACCCUUUAAAUUCAUCAGUCAAACUGAUCUAAAUUAAUUAUGAGCUCAAUGUGUUCUAAUAUAACUUCUUAAUUUAUUUCAUGUCUUAUUUAUUUGGGAACAAUGCAUGCACCAUGUGCCAUACUAAGUUAUCUAUGUCUGUUCAUUUUAUUGUAUUGUUUUGAUGUUAUAUUUAUAUCUUUAUUUAUAACGAUGUGCAAUUGUUCACUCUUCAUUUUUGUG